CACUUGUUUUCUCAUCACCACCUUCUGUGUCUCUCCCUUGUGCCCUAUUUACCUCUCUCUCUCUCUCUCCUCCUUUUCCUCACUCCUGAUCGCAUCCCUCUUCACCUCCUCUUCUCAUUGUCUUUUCAUCCGUCAGCUCACACUCUAUCAUCCUCAAACUCGACUGACCAUCCUCUCUCCGGAAGUAAAACCUUAGAGCUCCGACCUCUUCCAUCUGCAAACACAUUGCUCGAACCACUCGACCGUCACCAACACCAAAGGAUGUCCAGCAGGAGAUCUCGAUCGAGGCAGUCGGGCUCGACAAGGAUCACCGACGAACAGAUCAACGAGCUGAUCUCGAAACUCCAAGCUGUUCUUCCUGAAGCACGUCGCGGAGGCAACGAUAGGGUGUCAGCAGCCAAGGUGUUGCAGGAGACUUGCAGCCACAUCAGGAGAUUGCAUCGAGAGGUUGAUGACUUGAGUGAGAGGCUGUCGGAACUGCUCGACUCAGCUGACCUAAAUAGCGCUCAGGCCGCCUUCAUCAGAAGCUUGCUGAUGUGAUUCCAUCCACGCCUGUUCACCACAUUAGUAGUGCUCAUUUCGGAGUCUUUGAUCGAUGUACUGAAAGCUUUGCUUGAUCUUUCCCGUACUUACGUAUGAUCAAACUCUUCUUUUCUCUGA